CGCUAUCAGGCUGAGGGAACCCAGGAGACGGUCAGCCACAACGCUCUGCUCUGCCCUGCAGAGGGCCCAGUGGAGAAGGACAUCUCUCUGAAGCUGCCUAAGGUGUUUGUGGAGGGCUCUGCCAAGGCCUCCAUCUCAGUACUGGGUGACCUGAUGGGUCGGGCCAUGAAGAACCUGGACAGCCUGUUGCAGAUGCCCUAUGGCUGUGGAGAGCAGAACAUGGUGCUUUUUGCUCCCAACAUCUACAUCCUCAACUACCUGCAAAGCACCAGGCAGCUCACCAAGGAGAUCCAGACCAGGGCCACAGGCUUCCUAGACAGUGGCUACCAGAGAGAGCUCAACUACAAGCAUGACGAUGGCUCCUACAGUGCCUUUGGGAAGAGCGAUGAGUCUGGAAACACGUGGCUCACCUCCUUUGUGCUGAAGUCUUUUGGAGGGGCCAAGCCCUACAUCUUUGUGGACCCCGCCCACAUUGCCCAGGCCAAGGCCUGGUUGGCCAGUCACCAGCAGACGGAUGGCUGCAUCGCGUCAGUGGGGAAACUCUUCCAUAACGGCAUGAAGGGAGGUGUUGGGGAUCAAGUGUCACUCACUGCCUACAUCACCGCUGCACUGCUGGAGCUGGAUGGCAACACUUCUGACCCCAUGGUGGAGAAGAGUCUGAUGUGUCUGAAGGCAGCAGUGUCUGACAAGCUGGAGAACACCUACACCAUAGCCCUGCUAUCUUACACCUUCACCCUGGCCCAAAACCAGGACAUGAGGGUCAAGCUCAUCACCCACCUGGACAAGAUAGCUGCUACCUCCGGUGGCAAUCGUCACUGGGAGAGAGCAGAGGCUUCUGGGACAAAGACUGACUCUCUGGAGGUGGAGAUGACAUCCUAUGUGCUGCUGGCGCUGCUCUCCGGUCCCACCAUGCCAGGCUUUGGGCUGGAAUACUCCAUUGGCAUCGUCCGAUGGCUGGCCCUGCAGCAGAACCCCUACGGAGGAUUCGCCUCCACACAGGACACAGUGGUAGCACUGCAGGCCCUGGCCAAGUACAGUGCUGCCACCUUCCGUCCAGAGGGCGCCAGUACAGUCAGUGUGAGCUCGGCCGGCGGCCUGAAGAUGAAGUUUACUGUGAAUCAGAACAACAGGCUGCUCUAUCAGGAGGAGCAGCUGAGGGAGGUCCCUGGGGACUACAAGAUCAAGGCACAGGGCAAGAGCUGCGUGUUUGUGCAGAUCGCCAUGCACUACAAUAUUCCCCCUCCUCCUGACUUCUCUGCUUUCAACAUCUCAACAGAGACGCUUGGGAAAUGUGACGGCACCAAGAAAUCUCUGAUCGUGUCUGUGGCUGUCAGGUACAACGGUCGGCGAGAGGAGACCAACAUGGUGAUCAUCAAUGUCAAGCUUCUCUCCGGCUUCGUCCUGGACAAGUCCUCCCUCGGGCCUUUGCAAAAUGACCCCACUGUCAAACGUGUUGACCUGGAGGAAGGACAUGUCAUCAUCUACCUAGAUGGGCUCAAGCAGAAGGAAACGAAGACGUACAGCCUGGCCAUAGAGGAGGAUGUGCCUGUGAGGAAUCUGAAACCAGCUGUGGUGAAAGUGUAUGACUACUACCAGACAAGUGAUGAAGCUGUGAGUGAAUACAGCUCCCCGUGUGCAGAGUGAUCGUCAAUGAAGUGUGACAGACAGCCGAUCAAGCUGACUGGACCUGGGCUCAGCCAAUUGCUUUCCUAUUUAGGAAGCAUGUUUGUUUUUUUUAGGCAGAGUUCAUAAAAUGGAGGGGUUCUAUUUGGUGCUUACAGUUCCUGGUUACACAUUGACCAACUUGUCAUCUGUUUAACAUUAAGUGAACACAAUUGAAUAACUGGGCCUUAAGAUUUUACCUCGACUUCUGUUGUAAUCCUGCUAAAGUGAUACGUUAAUAAAACCAUGCUAUGGAUUCA